CGAGCGAUGUGUCUUUGUUUCUUACCACUCAGAUCUUCCUGGCGUUGAUACAUUCGCCAAAUUUACUCGUACAGACCUGGAAAACAUUUCAUCCUAAGUGUCGUCAACUUACAGUCCUCAUGUCUGCCGUGCCACCUGCUCCCCAGCCUGCACAGUUCCAUCCACCUAUUGAAGGAGGGCCUCUUAUACAUCCUGGAAGAUGGCCCCCCAACCUUCCCUGGACGGACAUUGGACACCUAGCCAAGUGGUCCGUCUCGUCCUUCAAGUUUGGAUUUGGGCCAGAAUGUCUACAGGACAAUGAUCCAGAUACUUUUUGGCAUUCAGACGGUCCGCAACCGCAUUUCGUGACCAUCGAAUUUCCUCGAAAGAUGGCUGUCCAAAAAAUCAGCCUCUUCCUCAGCUUCCCUCUUGACGAUUCCUACACCCCUGCUGCUCUUUCCAUCCGAGCAGGAACAACUGCAAGCGAUCUUCAAGAAGUACGCUCGCUUGUUCUCGACAAACCCGACGGGUGGAUCACGUUCGAUGUCUCGGCCGAGCCAUCAGACGAUGGCGAAGGGUUCAAACCUGUGAAUGUAUAUAUCUUGCAAGUCAUCAUCAUCACGAACCACAUGAACGGGAAAGACACGCACCUCCGCGGGAUGCGGAUACUGGGCCCUGUAGAAGAGCCAACACCAUGGGACGAUCCUUUUCCCUUCGUCAGCGUCAAAUUCAAAAUGCAUGAAUUCAUUCGAUGAUCUUGCGUCGUAUUCCAGUCCCCAGGGAGCUUUCGCAGUGUUGUGGAGAUAAUCAAGUGUAUGUUCCUUCAUGUAUACGUUUCCAUUAUCUUUCUUUUCACCGUCAUGCUACG